CCCGUUUUGAAGUUUCUGGAAGAACGUCGUCAGCAUUCUUAGGAGCAGUGCUGCUUAUAAUUCCUCCAGGAACGCUUUUCGGAGGUCCUCCAAGAGCACCUUCCAAAAUUCCUUCAAAAACGCUGUCCGCAGUUCCUAUAGAACGCCACCCAGAAUUCUUCCAGGAACGCCGCCGAAUGUUCCACAGAAACGCCAUUCAAAGUUCCUCUAAAUACGCCGUCCGUGAUCCUUCAAGAACGUCGUCCGCAACGAAGCGCCUCCUAGUGUUCUAGUGUUUCUAGAGGAACGCCGUUCAAAGUUCCUGGAGGAACGUCGUCGACCUACGCUCUUAGAGAAACGGUUGUAGGACAAAAGGUCGAAGGUCAAAAGGUCGAAAGGACAAAAGGUCUAAGGGUCAAAAGGCUGAAGGGACAAAAGUCGAAACAAAGGUCGAGGGGCAAAAGGUCGAAAGGACGAAAGGUUUUUCUUUUUUCUUCCUUCUUUCUUAUUUCUUCUUCCCUUUCCCUUCUAUUCUUUUCCUUCUUCAUUUCUCCUUCUUACUUCAUAUGUUUCCUACCUUCAAUUCUUUUUCCUCCUUUCUUCUUUCUUACUUCUUUCUUCCUUCUUCCUUCCAUAUUUCAUCUUGUUUAUUUCUAACUUCUUCCAUUUUAUUUUUUUGUUCCUUCUUUCCUUCAUCUGUCUUCCUUCUUUCCACGGUUUUUUCUUCCUUCUUUUUCCUUUCUUCCUUCCUACUUGUUUUCUUCUUUCUUUCUUCUUUUCUCCUUCUUUCUUCCUUAUUUCUUUCUUCUUUCUCUCUCUCUCUUUUUUUUCUUCCUUUUUGUUCCUUGUUUUUCUUCCUUUUUUCGUUUUACUCUCUUCCUUUUUUUGCUUCUUCAAUCCUUCUUUUUUGCUUGUCUCUUCCUUUGUUUUUCCUUCCUGCUUUCUUAAUUGCUUUCGUUUUUCUUCUUACUUUUUUUUCUUUCUUUUUCCUUUCUUCCUUCCUUCUUUCCACCUUCUUUCUUCCUUUCUUUUUCCUUCUUUCUUUCUUCUUUUCCUCCUUUCUUCCUUCUUUCUUCUCUCCUCCUUUUUUUUCCUUCUUUCUUCCUAUUUUCUUUCUUCUUUUUUCCUCCUUUCUACCUUCUUUCUUCCUUCUCUCUUUCUCCCUUCUUACUUUCUUCUUCCUUCUUGUUUUCUGUUUUUCUUCCUACUUUCAUUGUUUUUUCUUCAUUUCUUCUUUCUUCCUUCUUUCACCCUCCUUUCUUCCUUCUUGCUUCAUUCUUUCUUCCUUCUUCCUUUUUUUCCUUCUUUCAUCCUUCUUCUUUCUUUUUUCUUCCAUCUUUCUUCUCUUUUCCUGUUACUUGCUUCCUCCUUCUUUCUUUUGUUUUGCUUCAUUAUGCCUUCUCUCCUUCUUUCUAUCUCCCUUCUUUUAUUUUCCUUUUUCUUCCUUCUUUUUCCUUCUUCCAUCUUCCUUCUGCUUUCUUCCUUUAUUCAUUUUUCCUCUUCUAUUUUUUUUCUUUCUUACCAUAUAUGUUUAAUCCUUUUUUAUUUCUUCCUUUCCACUUCUGAUUUACAUCUCACUUCUUACUUCUUCGUUCCUUACUUCUCACAUCACAUUUCACGCUUCUCAUUUUUUACUUCUUAUUUCUCGCUUAACUUUUCAAAAGGA